AUUGCUAGUAAAAAUAAAUUGAACACAUUUAUUUUAUUAAUGCUUUUUUCCAUUUGUAUACAUGUAUGCGCGUGUCGUUUUGGUAUUAUAAGCACACAUUACAAACAAGUUUGAAGUUUGUUGCUUAAGUCUUGUUUCGCGUUCACUGCAAAGAUUCGUUAGUAAAAUAGAAAGUACAAAUAUGAGUUUGCGAACCAGAACAUUAGUUUUUUCUACAUUCUUUGGAUCGAUUUUGGCAAUCGGUUUAUUGUUGGUCAGUUUGACUACAAAUAGCUGGGUUAAGGCUUAUCCGAAGCGAACAAAUGCUCCACAAUCUAAAGGUGAAGUAAGCUAUGGUUUAUUUUACGGUACCAAAGAUUUAAAUCCUGGUUUCGGUGUGAGAUCAUAUUCAGUGGAUGUAUAUACUUUCAUGCAGACCGAACAGCAACCUAUGAAUUUUUGGCUUUGGCUUAUCACCGCAAUGGGUACUGGCCUUGGUUUGUUGAGUUGUGCCAUUUCCGCUAUUGCCGCUGUAUUUAAAGCUGCGUCUGCUGCCAAGAAACCAGGCACAAUGCUUGUUUUAUUUGCUUCCAAUAUAUCGUCGGCUUUGUCACAAGUCUUGGCCUUUAUCUGCUGGCUAGUACAAUUCUUUCAGUAUUUACAACAUAACGUUUUAGCGAUAGAGGAUCGCAGGCACAAUUGGUAUAGUCACGGUUUGGCCACAUUGGGCUAUAGUUUCUACUUAGUUGUUAUAUCAACUCUAGUCGUUUUUUUAAAUAUCACUAUAUUAUUACAUGCUCGACGUCGCGAGAAACGAGAAGUUCAACGUCUACAGCCUCCAAAUGAAGAAAAACAUCAACGCGCUAUAAUGCUUUAUUGAAGAACAUAUCACGAAUAAUAUAGAGCAGAAAAAAAUGCCUUCAAUUGCCUUAACACCACACACAUACCAAUUUCAAAUCUAUGUAUAUGUGUGUGUGUGUCUUUAUUAUUUAAGUAAAAAAAGUUGUAUUAUCU